AUGAACAGCUAUUUAUCACCUCGUAUGAUGAUGGGGGCAGCUAUUGUGGGGCUUGUUGGUGCUGCUGGUAUGUUUCUUUAUGAACAAGUAUAUGCUGAGAAAAGGAGAGCUAUGUUAGUGAGUGAAGUGGCAAAAUUGGACAAGCAAGUAUCAAGUAUGAGAGCCGAGUUGGAAGCCCUUAGAGAACUACAGAAGGAAACAAGAAAUAAAAAUACGGUUGACCCUUUAAGAGUUAGGCUAGCGCGGCGCGCAAGGGCAAAGCCCCGGAUCCGACGUGAGGUGACCCCGGCAGGCGAUGCCACAGACUCCGAAUAUUAUACAGAUUGUCAUUCCAUUGUUGGUACCGAUGUAGAGUUCGACAGUGAAGAGUUCUACGAUGUGCCAUCUGAUGAAGAGGACACCCUUAAGGAGUCGCUUAAGAAUGGACAUCUUACUUCCUCGGAAAGUUUAGAAAAGGAUCCAACGCCACCACUUAAACCACCUAGAAAUAUCAGUACAUAG